CUGCUCCGUAUUGUUUUCUGGAGUCUGCGCUCCGCCGUCGAUCUGCUUCUCGUCACAGUUCAUCUCGGCCAUCUCCCACAAACACUAGAGAUUCGCCGCAGUAUUGCACUCUCAUGCGGGUUAUCAUAUUCUCUUAUCCUGUAUGAACUAUUGAAAGAACGAAGGAAAGCGUAGAAUCCAGGAAAAGGUAACUUGUUUAUGCAAGCUCUUAUUAAUCGAAAGAUGAAGAUUCUAUAUAUGUUGCUGUUGGUUGGGGCCAUUGCAGCUCUCUUUUUCAACUCCAUUGAAGCUGAUUCUGAGGUCAAUACAACUUCCAGUAAUGGUCUUGAUGCGGCGGAUGUGGAAUCUUUGAUGAAAAAUGGUACUUCCAGUGGGAAACUAGGUCAGAUAAACAAUGAAAAUCAGAAGACUAGUGAUUUGGUAAAGGGCAAUUCGAGUAAGCAUGUAGUGUCGAUGGAAGCUGAGAAAGAUGCUGGAGCUAAUGUUAGAAGUUCUGAGAGUAAGAAUGACAAGAAAGGCGACUUUAAAAAUGCUAGAGAUCAUGCUUCUGAGGACCAUGAUGAUGAUAAAGCGAAGAGUGUGGGUGGAUUGGGUUUAGACUCUGGACAUGGGGUGACACUGUCAACUGAGAGGAUGGAUGGCAGCAUCCAAGGUGAACACUGUGAUUCUUCAUCAUACAGCUGCAAUAUCGAGGAGGAGUCUUUGCUUGCUUGUUUAAGGGUUCCAGGAAACGAAUCCCCAGAUCUUUCACUAUUGGUCCAGAACAAGGGAAAACGCCAUCUAAGUGUUACUAUAUCUGCUUCUAAGUAUGUUGAACUGGAGAAGAGACAGAUUGAGCUCAAAGAGAUGGAAAACAAAAAGAUAAAGGUUUCCUUCCAAAACAGCAGGAGUGACAACUUGGUCAUUCUAGAGGCAGGGAAAGGUAAGUGCGAGCUCGAUUUCAGGGAUUUGAUUGGGCAUAACACAGUCAAUGAACCUGGCGACACGUCCCACUUCAAACACCUUUCCUUCUCUUCAUCUGCAAUGGUAAUCUUCUUGGCGGCAUUGCUUACGUGUGCCUCAGUCUGGCCAUGCAUCAAUUUUUGCAAGAAGAACGUUUCCAAGGUGGGUGGCAAGUAUCAGAAACUUGAUAUGAAGCUGCCCAUUUCGGAUAGCGGUGAAAUUGAGGCAGAUGUAAGUGAUGGGUGGGACAAGAGUUGGGACGACAACUGGGACGACGUAGAAGCACCAAAAUCACCUCUCACCCCAAGCCUCCCUUCCAAAGGCGUCCCAGUGUCUAGAUGGUCUAACAAGGAAGGUUGGAAGGAUUAGAUGCUGGCAGUGAGUAAAGUAGGCAAUGCACUCAUUGUUAGUCUUCUCUUAUUCUUGUUUUACCCUUGUUAAUGAUAGUAGCCAGUAGGACAAUUUUAUUAGUACAAUAUUCUUAAUCUCUCCUUAGAAGUUACUCGGUAGAACAUAUGAUGUUUGGAUAUUCUGGUUUUCGUUUACAAUUAGGGGUUGUGAUGAAAUCCGGUUAAUCAAAAUGGGGUUAAUCA